AUGCCGGCAGCUCUCCGCGAGCAGCGGCAGCGCUGCCGCUGCUCGCGGAGAGGUCCGCGAAGCCUGGGCGCGCUGAUCUCAGCGCGCGCAGGCUCCGGCAUGCCGGCAGCUCUCCGCGAGCAGCGGCAGCGCUGCCGCUGCUCGCGGAGAGGUCCGCGAAGCCUGGGCGCGCUGAUCUCAGCGCGCGCAGGCUUCGGCAUGCCGGCAGCUCUCCGCGAGCAGCGGCAGCGCUGCCGCUGCUCGCGGAGAGGUCCGCGAAGCCUGGGCGCGCUGAUCUCAGCGCGCGCAGGCCCGGCAUGCCGGCAACUCUCCGCGAGCAGCGGCAGCGCUGCCGCUGCUCGCGGAGAGGUCCGCGAAGCCUGGGCGCGCUGAUCUCAGCGCGCGCAGGCCUCGGCAUGCCGGCAACUCUCCGCGAGCAGCGGCAGCGCUGCCGCUGCUCGCGGAGAGGUCCGCGAAGCCUGGGCGCGCUGAUCUCAGCGCGCGCAGGCUUCGGCAUGCCGGCAGCUCUCCGCGAGCAGCGGCAGCGCUGCCGCUGCUCGCGGAGAGGUCCGCGAACCCGGGGCGCGCUGAGCUCAGCGCGCGCUGGCUCCGGCAUGCCGCCAACUCCCCGCGAGCAGCGCCCGCGCUGCCGCUGCACGCGGAGAGGUCCGCGAAGCCUGGGCGCGCUGAUCUCAGCGCGCGCAGGCCCGGCAUGCCGGCAACUCUCCGCGAGCAGCGGCAGCGCUGCCGCUGCUCGCGGAGAGGUCCGCGAAGCCUGGGCGCGCUGAUCUCAGCGCGCGCAGGCCUCGGCAUGCCGGCAACUCUCCGCAAGCAGCGGCAGCGCUGCCGCUGCUCGCGGAGAGGUCCGCGAAGCCUGGGCGCGCUGAUCUCAGCGCGCGCAGGCUCGGCAUGCCGGCAACUCUCCGCAAGCAGCGGCAGCGCUGCCGCUGCUCGCGGAGAGGUCCGCGAAGCCUGGGCGCGCUGA